AUGGCCACCUGCAAGGAAGAUGGCGGCAUGGGGAUAGAGGGUCUACCUGGUGACGGUAGUGUGUGUAAACCGGAACAGCUUCAAGAUCUGGUCACGUCAAUCAUCUUCACGUGCACUGCGCAGCAAGCGGCAGUUGGCGGGGCUAUGUAUGAUUCGUACGGCUUCCCACCCAACUACCCACUGAAGCUAAGCGGCGCACCCCCAGCCGAUAAGACGCCCCAUGAGGAGUCGGACGUCUUGAACGCCCUGCAGACCGACACCAACUGGGAUCAGGGCGUGGCACUGGCGCAAGUCCUGUCGGACACAGUCAACAAGGGGAUUCUGGGAGAUAGGGACUCCAUGUACUUGUAUGACCCACGGGCUGCAGACAUACACACAAGAUUCGUCGCCGAGCUUGACGAAAUCGGAAAAGUAAUCAGAGAUCGGAAUUCAUCUCGUGACCACUGCUACCACUAUCUGAUUCCGUGCACUAUCUGA